AUGGAAACAGUGUUGAAGUCUUGGAUGGACAACGACCAUCGGAUUAUACUGAAUGUUGGCGGUGUUAGGCACGAAACCUAUGCUCAUGUCCUUAAAAAAAUUCCGGCCACACGACUUUCAAGGCUAACACCAAAUUUAGCGAACUAUGAUCCAGUACUUAAUGAAUACUUUUUUGAUCGGCAUCCCGGUGUUUUUUCGAUGAUUCUUAAUUAUUACAGAACAGGUAAAUUGCAUUACCCAACUAAUGUCUGUGGGCCAUUAUUCGAGGAAGAAUUAGAGGACACUCAGGAAACUUUGGCCAUAAUUGAAAGCUUGGACUUGGACAAAGAUCCACCGACGCAGGAAGAGAUAGCGAAACGUUUUGGAUGGGAGGAUGAUUACUAUUCCAAUAAUCUGUCCAAAUGGCAACAGUUCAAACCACGAAUAUGGUCACUGUUUGAUGAGCCGUGGUCAUCUAAAUAUUCUCGAGUUAGUCUCGCAUUCAACAGCACAACAUUUUUUUAUUCUUUGGUUAUUUGUUCGGAUAAACAAAUCAAUUAUAACAGUAACAAAAUAAAAACAUUUAACAACGACAUUCAACGCGGUUAUCUUUCUGGUUUCGGUGAUGAAGAAAACUUUACUCCAGUACAAACUUUUAAACAAAACACUGGAACGCAUCCAGCAUUUUUUUACAUCGAUCUCAUUUGUAACUUAUACUUUACUGUUGAACUGGCUGCACGAAUGAUUUUUGCUCCUUCGUUAAGUCGAUUUUUAUGCUUUCCAAUAACACUAAUUGAUCUGUCUGCUACGGCAUCAUUUUAUUUGGAUUGGAUGGCCUCUCUUUGGAUUGACCAGCAGAAAUAUCCUGAUUCAACAGAUUUUCUUUCCAUUCUCUGUAUUCUUAGGCUAUUUAAAUUGACGCAACAUUUCAGUGGCCUCAAGAUCCUCAUUCAGACUUUUAAGGCAUCAGCUCAAGAAUUAGCACUGCUUGUAUUUUUUGUUAUUCUUGCAAUCGUAAUAUUUGCUGCGUUAGUGUAUUAUGCGGAACGGAUUGAACGGAAUCCACAUAAUCAGUUUACCUCGAUUCCUGCUGGUCUUUGGUGGGCCAUUGUUACCAUGUGUACUAUAGGAUUUGGCGAUAUGGUACCUAAAACUUACUUGGGAAUGUUAGUUGGUUCAGUAUGUGCGUUAAUGGGUGUACUGACUAUCGCAUUACCGGUCCCUGUUAUUGUUGCAAACUUCUCAAACCUCUACUCGCACUCUCAGGCUCGUGCAAAGCUGCCACGGAAACGGCGUCGUGUUCUUCAGGCUCAUGAGGUGAAACACGGAGUAAUUAAAGGAAAACCAAGAAAGAAAUCUAGUUAG